CACACACACACACACACCAAUUCAAAUAUUCAAUUCAUUUCCAUUCACUCCUCCAAUCCAAAUACCACAAUUACCACGGGUGGUGAAGGUGUGGCUUCUCUGGUUUUUCUCUUUUCCACUAAACCCUUCAUUUAUUGCCUGAUUGGUUGCCCAUGAAAAACUGUGGAAGGCUCACUGACUGCUGCGAAAUUUUAUUUUCCUUCGGUUUCUCGGCAACCAAACAGAACGUGAUGCUUAAAUUUUUUGAAUUUUAGAAUAUGUUCUGCUCGUGAAUUUAAGUCUGGUUUUAUUUUAAUUUUGUUGUUGUUGUUUUAGGAUUAACUAUGGCAGAUGAGAUAACCAUCAACGGGGCUGACGAUGAUCGGACUGUUGAUAUUGAGGACAGUGAUGAGACCUAUUCGAAGGACUCUUUGGUUUUGAUCCAGAAAAUCGAGGGACUGGAGACAGAAAAACUCGAAUUGGAGAAAGACAAGGCGGAGUUGAAGAAAGAAAUGGAAACAUUGAGUUACAUAGCGGCCAGAGCGGCCGAUCUGGAGACGGAGGUGUCGAGGCUUCAACACCAGUUGAUAGAGAGUCAAGAGGCAAAUGCCGAGUCCGCUGAGUUGAAUAGGGUGAUUGAGGAAUUGAAGGAGAGAGAGCGAGACAAGGGUUUGAUAUUGGAGGCAGUAGAAAAGGAGAGGAAUUUGUUAUUGCAAUCGAGGGAACAGAGGGAGGGGAAAAUUGGGGAGUUGGAGGGGAGAAUUAGUGAGAGAGAGGGGGAAAUAAGGGUAUUGAAUGAGAAAAUUGGGGAAUUGGAGGGGCUGGUGAUGAAGAAUAGGUUGGAAAUUGAGAAGGAGGAGAAGGAGAGGGAGGAAUUGGAGAUUGUGAAGAAUGAGUUGGAGGGGCUUUUGAAGAAGUCGGAGAGUAGGGUUAAGGAGAUGGAGAAGAAGGUCCGUUUGUUGGAGGAAGAGUUGGGCGAAAGAGGAGUUGAUUGCGCAAAUGGGAAGGGGCCAGUAGUGGUGGAUAGGGGUGUUAUUGGUGAUGGGGAUAAGGGGAGGAUGAGUUUGAAGGUAGAAUGGCCUGUGGUGGCGGUGGGAUCGGUUGGUGCUGUUGCUGUGUUUGGGGUUGUGUGCUAUCUUCAAUGUGCUAGAAAAAGGUGAUUGGAAGGUUGGAGAGUGAGGAAAAUGAAGAAAACUUACAGGUUAGGAUUGUUUUUACCGCCCACGGAUAUGUUUCAAUUUUUAUAGGUAUUAUGUUUUUGUUUGUUGUUGUUCUUGGACCAUUUGAUCUUGGUUUUUUGGAUGUUUGGCUGUUGGCUAGUACUUAGGAGACUUUUAUGAUUGGCAGAUCAAAAAGACUGGAUUAUUUUCAGGAGACUCCUUUAAUACACCUUGCUAUUGUGCCAAAUAAUGUUAGUCGUUGUGUUACUCUUCUAAUAUGCGGAAAUUUUGUGCUGAGCUCCUUGAUGUAUACUUAACACGCUGUCAUUGGUCUGUUAGAUUGUAGAGAUCUGAUUGUAAUAAGGCGAGCCUUGUGUCAUUUGCUGAUAUGAUGAGCUAUCUUGCAUUGUAAGGCCAUAUUGAUAGUUUCUCAGACUAAAACUGUU